AUGGAGGCGAACUCCUCGCAGUGCCCGCUCCUCGGCGAGGACCAGAUCAGAGAAACAGAUAACAAUGUUCGAGAUGACCGGCACACGGCUCCCACAACGCCCGACGGGUCUCCCAGCUCUUCUCGGACAACCGACCAACCCAGUGUGAGAGAAGAGAUGGAAGAAUUCGACGCAUCAACCCAGGAGACCUCGUUCUGGUACAGAAGGCGCACAAGAAACGAUAACAGUCCCACUGGAAUCUCACGCGAAGACACAGCUGCUUGGUCCUUGUUCACGAGGGACGUCGACAGUGUAGCACCCAGCGAGCCGGAGAUUGUAUUUGAUCCAGUGUCAUAUUGGGACCUGCGAAAACUCAACACCUUCAUUAUGUGGCAAUUGGAAGUCUUUUCUCUGGUAAUUUCAAUGGCUUCUUUUGCGGGCAUCGUGGUGCUCCUGGCCAUGUACGACGGAAAGCCACAGCCUGGAUUCGCGAGCCGGAUCAGCAUCAACGCGCUCAUCGCCAUCUUCUCUACCGUCCUUAAAGCUACGCUCCUCUUCGUAGUAUCCGAGGUCAUGGGACAGCUCAAAUGGAAAUGGAUUGAGACUCCGCGGCCGGUACGCGAUAUAGAGUACUUCAUCAAUGCUGGAGCGGGCUUAGGAGGUUCUUUGAAGUUUCUAUUCUUCACAUGGAAGCCGAUAUUGGCCAUUCUCGGCGCCGUCAUUGUCAUCGCUUCCGCGGCGAUCGGGCCCUUUUCGCAGCAGUCCUCCGCUACCUACCCUUGCGAUGAGCUUGACUCUUCUUCAAUAGCAAAAGUCAACAUUUCUCACAUAAUAGAAGGGGAAAUGGCCCCGGAAAUGCGCGGCAUCGCCACCAAGGGCCUCGUCUUCGGGGGCUCAGACACCUCGGCCGCAUGCGAUACCGGGAACUGCACGUUCGCCUCGUACGAAUCGAUAGGAAUUUGCAGCAGCUGUUAUCACGCAGCUGAUGAUACAAAGAGCUUCGAUGAAAACGAGAGCGACUUAACGGUUGGUUGGCCUUCUUCGACCGAUGGAUUCAACUCCUCGUAUGCGUUGAGAAUGAAGACGGCAUUCCAGCCGAUGUGGGAGCCAGAGAACUCGAACAGCACAACAGAACGACGAGUCACCGAGGCCUUGCUCGGAGUAAAUACGACGAUAUCCACCAUCAUGAUCACGACCAACAAUGACACCCCUAACUCCGUUACGGAGAGACCGGCCCAUGAUCUCAACGAGCAUCUCCGUAUUCUCGCUGUCGACUGCACCAUGUACCCGUGUGUUCGAAACUACAGCGGCAGAGUCAAGAACGGGAAUUUCAGAGAGCUCGUGACUCAUCAGACGCCGCUUCCGCUUGUGUCGAGGAUGGAAUACCGAAACAACACACCUUACGAAUAUUACGGAGAUUUUGUAGAAUUCACAGAUCCCUGCUUCUUCAAGAAUCAAUGGUGGACCGCUUCAAACAUCACGAUGGCGUCCUCGUAUCAACACAAGACUCCGACAGCUGACGACAAUGCCUUCAACCAACUGACCUGGAGGUUGAACGGCAAAAUGGCAAAGAUCCCGACCAAAUGUUCGAGGAUGAUCAGCGCCGAAACCUACGGCAGCAUACAAAAGUUCAUCGACACAAAUAUCAAAGCUUCUUGUAGCGUUUCCGGUACCGAUGAUGAUCUCAAAAGAGGUUUGAAGACCGUGGAUUGCGGGGAUAAGUGGUGGAUAAACUCAGUAUUCAAUGACGGCCAAGCCUCACUGACGUCCGUCGAUGCCGCUUUCGACGACAUGGCGACGGCGAUCACGAGCCUCAUACGCGUCAACGGCUUGAGCUAUGAUCGCAAACCCCAUGCUUAUGCCUACGGUUCGAUAAACCAGGGCGCGGUGUGUAUCAAGGCUUCCUGGCCGUGGCUGAUUUACCCGGGCUCGUUAUUGGUUCUUACGAUGGCGCUUUUCAUGACGACUUACGUGACGAGCAUGAUGGAGAGGCGCGAACGUCCAGUUUGGAAGUCGUCUGUCCUGCCUCUAAUAUUCUACUAUAUCAAGUCUGAAGGGGCAAAUUUGAGAGACACGGAUGCCGGUGGGAAUAAACAGGUCUGCCUCUUACAGCUUUUGGAGCUGGAGGAAGUAGCAAAGAAUACGAUAGUGCGGUUCGAUAAUGAUACGGAUGCCCCUGGGUUUGUUGCGGAGGAGGGAGAAAAGGGGCCGAGCAAUAAUGUUCCUUAA